AAGCACUGCGGGGGUUUGAAACUCCCCGUGGUUGAACUUCUUUUCUUGUCGCCUGAUCUUUCAGAACAAUCGUUCUCCAGGUGGAUUAUGCAGCAUGGCUUUGUCACAAUGUCUGGAUGAUCUCCCCUUCGCCUCCAGUCGUUUUGUGCAGACGCAGCCUGACCCCGGUCCGCUGGAGCUCUACAGCGAAGCGCAGCGACUAGCUCUGGAGGAGUUGAUCCUCGGGGGAAGAGAAAGCUUUUUGAAUUUUUUGCAGAAAGAGCGCAUCCCAAAUUUCCUGUCGGAAAAGGAGAUCACUGAGAUCCAGUGCUCGGUGGAAACGCUCCCCGGGGAGGACGGCGUAGCGGAACGCUCCAGUGUCUGCUCUGUGGAUUGCUCUUCGCUCACCUACUUCCCCGAUCAGUCGGAUGUAGAACCACCGCUGCUGGAGCUCGGCUGGCCGGCGUUCACGAGCAGCUCGUACCGCGGGGUGACCCGAGCCGUGACUCACUUUCAGCCGAGUUACGGGGAGCACAUCUACAGCUGUAAGGAAGCAGUGAGGAGGCUGAUCAGAAGCGCUAAGGAGGUUAUUGCGCUGGUUACAGACUCCUUUACUGACCUGGACGUCUUCAGGGAUCUUCAGGAAGCCUGUAUUAAGCGCCGAGUUCCUGUUUACAUUCUCUUGGACCAAUCCUGCACCCGCUCCUUCCUGCAGAUGUGCAAGAACCUUGGGGUGCAACUGGAUGAACUACAGCAAAUGAGAGUGCGGACCAUAACCGGAGGUAUUUACUACACUCGAUCUGGAGCAAAGAUUGUUGGGAAAGUUCACGAAAGAUUCAUGCUGAUUGAUGGCAACAGGGUGGCUACUGGAUCUUACAGAUUUACAUGGAGUGAUGGGCGGCUGAACAGCAGCAACUUACUUGAGCUAUCUGGGCAAGUCUCGGAGCACUUUGAUGAACAGUUUCGUAUUUUAUAUGCCCAGUCCAAACCUCUCAGCCCCAAGUCUAAUUCCAGCUUUCGCAACAGUGGUAUUUACGAGCAUCUUGUCAACAAUACCCUGCCAUUGCAAGAUAAAUUAAAAGGCAACCUUCUUUCAGUAGAAGUAAACAGACUGUGCAGUACACCCAACAGGGUCCCAAUAAAGGCAACAACACCUGGUAAAGAAGCUGAGGAACUGCACCCAGCAUGCAGUAGAGUAUCAGAAGCUUCCACAAUAGGAGAAGAAUCCCCUAAAAUCGAUGACCUGCUUCAGGAACAGGAUGGAUUAGAUGAGGUUCAUUUAGGAGAAAAUCGACAGUCUACUGAGGUGACCACCAAUGCUGAAGUUAAUGGUUCCAGCACUCCUUGCUGCAGUAAUGUAGCGACAGUUGCAAGUAAAUUGGAAAACACUUGCCAUGCUUUCACUCAAACCAAUACACUGAUGGUAGAAAUAGGUUGCCAGACUGAUGUGAACAUUAAAGAAAAUAUUUGUGAGUCCACUGCCACACAAAAGAGCCAGGGAAGCUCAGAGGGCUCCAAUCCAUCAUCCUGUUCUUCCCAACCUUACAGAGCUGGGGGCUACAGCCAUGCCAUCACCAGGAUAUCUGAAACUUCUCUGGGACCGGAUUCCUCCCUGAGAGUCUGUUUCAGAAAGUUAACCAAGGAGCGCCAGUACCACUACUCGAGCAUCCGGUCUAAGCUGGACCACAUGGUUUCUCUUUUGUCUCAUCGCAGAGAGCUGGUGAACCUCACCUAUCUGGCAUUUAAUCAUGGACCCUACAAGCUUAAGAAGAUGCAAGACCAAAAUGCACAGCCAUCAUGGUUAAGAGAUGCGUCACUGAGGCAGGGGCUUCUUGUGCAGACUUGUUUAAAGUAAAAUGGAUACAUUUUAAAUGUAACUUUCUAAACACUGAAUCAAUAACGCACUGUCAUUUGAGAUUUUAGUGCAAGCUGUGAGCUGAAAAGAGGUUAGAAUUUGCUUGUUUAAAAAUACCUGACUUUUUUUUUUUUUUCUUUAAAUAAAUUCUGAGCUUUCUGAUUAGCCAGAUUUGUAAUGGAAGAGUAAUGUUCUCAAAUUUGGGGACAAUGAUAUUUUGUAAAAUGGGACACACAAGAUGUUUUACAUUCUUACGUGGCCUUCUUUGUUUAGGAGGAUACACAAUCCAGAGCUGUGUGUGUAUGUCAGAACACUAAAUAAUAACAAUUAUGAAAGGAAAUUUAACGUGCUGCAUUCAGCUAGGAUGGGGUUGAACAAAGCUAUUCUUAUCAUGGUUGGGUUUUUUGAGUUUACAGCUCGUGGAUUUCACAAUCGAAACUAUAAACCCUUUUUAGUGCACUUUUGUUUUAAGACAUCACUUAUCUUUGAAGCUUGUCCCAGUACAAGUACGAGUUGUCCAUUAGCUGUUUUUAAAUAUUUUAACUGUCAUCCCUCCAGAGUUUAUUCUCGCGUUCAAAACUGAAUCCUGCAACUCCACAGGAAGCGAGAAUGCAUUCAGUGCAGAUUCUGAGAAUGGGAAGGUAGCCUACAUGUUCUUAAGUGAUGUGCCUUGUUUGUGAAAAGCGAACCUUGUUUAAUUCUGGUGCCAUAUGCGGAGUUGGUGUCUUGCCAACACAAACCUGACCUGGUUGGCUUUGAUUUUUUUUUUUUUUUUGUAUCAUGACUUUUUCUCCUAUUUUUUAAAAUCUAAUACAAUUUUACUAUUUUGCCAUUUUUUUUUCUUUCAGAUGUCUGGGUUUCCCUUCUUUUUAUACUACAAUCCCACCAUACCAAACCUAAUUUAAUAAAAGAGAUGAUAUUUACUUUUAAUACUUGAUUUCUUCCCAGCUUGUGCCUUGAUAAAUACAAAUUUUAGAGGUGUUUCUGAACUUCUCAAUGUAUCAAGCUAUUUUUGAGAAAGUCUAUAUAUUUAAUGAAUAUUACAUCUUUUUGCUGUCAAAAAUGUGCUGUAUCACUGUAAAAGCACUCAUCUUAUUACUGUCACAUGCAGCAUGGGCUGCAAUUAGUGUCUUUUAUUUUGGGAUAUAUAUUUAUAAAUUACACGUGUUGCCUUAAAAUUUAUUUAGCGUUGAAUAUCUUUUUCUCUUUUUUUGUUUUUUUAAUAAAACACAGUAGAUAUUUGUGUAACCAUAUGUACCUACAGAGUAGUGCUGCAAAUGCCUUUUUAAAUGUGUAAAUAUAAAAUUAGCACACACGGUUUUUUUUUUUUUUUUAAAUAUGCUUUAAGUAUUUAGAAUUACUGGUUCAGGAAAAUUUUACUUUCUAUUUCAUUUUCUGUAUGUGCCUUUUUUUGUGCUUGGUUUUUCUAUCACUGGGCAAUCUGAUUAAUGGUGUUCAUCUGGGUAUGUAUUGUAAUUUAAAUAAAAAAAAUUAAAAUGAGUACUUCAGUGUACAAAUAUUUUCAAA